AGCUGCUGCCCUUUGCGACUACGACACGCACUGACCCUCCGAAAACGCCCCGUUUGACGGGUCUGACUGCCUCCGCCCCGUAGUCACGGCCGCACUGUAUUAUCUCCUCCCCAGUAGAACCCAACACGAUUCAGCUCAUAAUGAUAUGUGCAGUCCCCCCCGCCCGCUUACAUAUAUAGCCUUCUCCCUCUCUCAGCGUUAGGGAUAGCCUGACGAUAAGUCCGAACCACCUGCUACCGGUGGCGCGUGCAGGUCACUUGCAGCCCGCUUCUUCCCCCAUGGGACAGUACCCUUCCACAUCCUCCAGCUCAGUCGAGCUCAACCGCCGCGACACCCCGCCGUCUGAGGGCCUAGGGUUGGGAUGGGACCACGGGCUUGAUCUGCCAUCAAUUCCGCCGGAGAGUUCUGCCGUGCCAGAUCUUGGCCGAGCUGACGACGAUGCUGGCGGCGGCGUAGACUUCACCAGCGAGCUCCCCGACGAGUGCCUAGCUCACGUGUUCCAUUUCCUUGGCUCCGGCGACCGGAAGCGCUGCUCGCUAGUCUGUCGGCGUUGGCUCCGCGUCGACGGUGAGAGCAGGCACCGGCUCUCCCUCGACGCCCAGGCGGAUCUCCUGAACUUCAUCCCCCCCAUCUUUGCUCGGUACGACUCCAUCUCGAAGCUCUCCCUCCGGUGCGACCGGAAGUCCAUUAGCAUAAACGAUGACGCCCUGAUCCUCAUCGCCCUGAGGUGCACCUCUCUCUCCCGCCUCAAGCUCCGGGGCUGCCGCGAGCUCACGGAUCUGGGGAUCGCGGCCUUUUCCCAGCACGCGAAGAACCUGAGGAAGUUCUCCUGCGGUUCGUGCUCGCUAGGGGCUGGGGCGGUCAACGCUAUACUCGAUCACUGUACCGGCCUCGAGGAAAUCUCGAUCAAGCGGCUCAGGGGCAUCCAUGAUGGGGCCGAGCUGAUCGGGCCCGGAGUGGCUGCCAAGUCCUUGAAAUCGAUAUGCUUGAAGGAGAUCAUCAACGGGCAAUGCUUCGGUCCUCUUAUAAUCGGGGCUAAAGGACUGAAAACUCUGAAACUAAUUCGUUGUUUAGGUGAUUGGGACAGCAUUCUGCAGACUAUCGGGAGUUCGACUCCCAGCUUAAUCGAAGUCCACUUCGAGAGAAUUCAACUCAGUGAUGCGGGACUGGCAGGAAUUUCGCACUGCAAGGGGAUUGAGAUUCUUCACAUUGUGAAAAUCCCUGAAUGCUCUAAUUUAGGGCUCUGUUCCAUUGCGGAGAACUGCACGCAGUUGAGGAAGUUUUACAUCGAUGGGUGGAGAAUUAACCGAAUCGGGGACGAGGGCUUGGUCGCUAUUGCCAAACAGUGCCCUAAUCUUCAGGAACUCGUGUUGAUUGGUGUCAAUGCUACGCAUUCAAGUUUGUCUUUGAUUGCCUCCAACUGCCCAAAGCUAGAAAGGCUGGCCCUUUGCGGGAGUGACGCGAUCAGGGAUGCAGAAAUUGCGUGCAUUGCGACAAAAUGUGAGGCUUUGAGGAAGCUAUGCAUCAAAGGGUGCCCGAUUACAGAUGUAGGGAUCGAAUCGCUGGCUUUGGGUUGCCCUAAUUUGGUGAAGAUUAAGGUUAGGAAAUGCAGGGGAGUGAGCAAUCAGGUGGCGGAGUGGCUUCGGGAGAGAAAAGGUUCCCUCAUCUUCAAUUUGGAUGCUGAGACCGAGGAUGAGAUUGGAGUUCAAGAAAGUGCUGUGGAGUUCGCUCCGAUGUUUGCUCAGCAAGCAGCAGCUCCUGAUGUCCCUUCGAGCAGCAAUGACAGAUCAACAAUGUUCAGGGCGAAGUUGGGGCUCUUUGCGGGUAGGAACUUUGUUGCGUGUACAUUUCGAAGAUGGUCGAACGGUGAGAAUAGUUCGGGUGGAAAUCUGUGAGGGAUCAAUCAUUGCAAGAGUGGUGGAAAUUGGCCUUUGCUUUGAUUGGGAUUGUUUGUUGUUCUGUUUUGAUAGGAAUUGUGUUUGCAUCCGUACCCUGCUUUUCGCUUCAUUGAACUUUAGAAGGCUUAAAGCAAAACUAUUUCGGAAAUGAUUAGUGGAAAAGAUUUCUGUUCAUCGUUCUACAGCAAUCUUUCUCACUGUCUUCUGUACCGAUAAUCUGCAUGAAUUUAUGUUCUCGUUAUCUAUGUGCUAUACAUUUCGUGAAUUGGUCUCUCUC